AUGUUAACCACAUUCCUCUGCAUUGCCAGCGCGGCGGGAGUCUUGGCUGCAUCUGUCCCUACUCCUCAUCGAUUCGAUUCGUCGGCGUUUGCUGCGAACGACAUUGUCGAGCGAGACUUUGCCAUCAUCGGUGGAGGAGCAGCAGGGACUUAUGCAGCGAUCAGUUUGGCCGAUCAAAACAAAACCUUCACCCUGGUCGAAGUCUCGGACAGACUUGGGGGACACACCAGGACCUUCCAUGACCCUGCAACUGGGGCCAAAGUCGACUUUGGCGUACAAAUUCACCUCGACGACCCGAUCGUUCGCGAGUUUUUUGCCCGUUUGCGCACACCUCUGGCCAAUGUCGAGCUCAAGGAUUUCGGCAUCCCCCAAUAUUAUGACUUCACCAAGCAAGUUGCCCUGACCAACUACACCCGGGGCACUGUUCAACCUGACUACAUUGCCGAGCUUAACAAGUAUCCUUAUCUUGACAAUCUCAUUGAUCUGCCCAACAAUUUCCCUGCCGACCUGCUUCUUACCUGGCCGGAAUUCGUCAAGAAGAACAAUCUUUCCUACGGCUCGGCCGUGGGUGGUCUCUCGUGGCCAGCAACCCCUGGCGAUCCAUUGGACACCACCGCGCUUGCCAUUUUUAAUGAUGGAAAUCACGUUGAGUUGGAAGAGUUUGCGGGAGCUGCUAUUCACAGUGCCGAUAAUGACAAUUCCGAGAUUUACGUGAACGCUCUGGCCGAGUUGAAGCCGCAUGUCUUGCUGGAAUCUUCCAUCAUUGCAGCUCAGCGUGGCUUGACACGCAAGUCCGGCGUGCAGCUCGUGGCCAACACCCCAUCUGGCAAAAAGCUCAUCAAGGCCAAACAGCUUAUCAUUGCUAUGCCGCCGGUCUUGGACAACACCAAGUAUUUCGGUCUCGAUCAGCAGGAGCAGGCCAUUCUGAGCAAGCUCUCCGGCAAAUACUACUACGGGGGCGUCGUAAACAACACCGGGCUUGAGGAAGGCGUUGCUUACACUAACGUCGGCGUGGACAGACCAUACCAAGUCGCCAGUCUGCCCGGUGUGGUGGAGAUUGCCCCCUCGGCUUCUCCUGGUUACUAUUUUUAUUGGUACAACACGGUCCAGGCCCAGACACAGGCUGAGAUUGAGAGCACUGCUCGAAGCACCAUUAAGUGGCUGCAGACUCAGAACAAUGCUAAGACCCUCGAGCCUAACUUCGUCGACUUCCAGGAUUACUCCCCGUUUCAUCUGACCCCUCCGAUCAAGGACAUUGCUGGCGGCUGGUAUGGCAAGAUGAAAGGUCUCCAGGGUCAUAGAAACACUUGGUAUAUCAGUUCUUUGUUUGUCGUUGGCUCGACCCAGGUGUGGAACAACACUCACAACAUGCUUCCGGACAUAAUCAAUGCUGCGCAAUGUUAG